CGCUAGGGCUCCCGAGCUGCUUGCGGCCUGGGCGUCGUCCCCCAGCUCGGGUCCCCAACUACGACAGCGAGGUGACCUAAGGGGUCUGUGGGGCAUUUGCUGGGCUGGGUCCUGUCCCACUGCGCGAAGGAACAGAGGAAUCUGCGGCCCCGGGGCUAUCUGUCUGUGGCUGGCUGCUUGCGAACCCGAGCUGCUCUCUCCUCACCCAGGUGCAGGGGCAGCCAGGGAGGAGGUGGAGGCGGGAGGGGCCAGGGUAGGGUCCGGACAGGACCCAGGCUGCCCCUCAGAGCUGCAUCAGCUCCAUGCCACCUCAGGUUGUGGCUGGGUGCUCCCGGCAAAUCGGCCUCUCGGCUGUAGAAGCCAACAUCGCCUUAGCCAAACCUAGGGAGGCCGCACCAGGGUAGGAGCAGCGGGAUGUUCAAGGGGCGUUGGUCACUGAGGGCCUUGGAAGUGGAGGUGCAGAGGUGCGGGGCAGGGAGCCUGAAAAGCAGAAGGGCCCUUAACUUCCAGGGUGCUCCACCCUUUAGAGUCCCUGGACCGAUACUGGUCCCAGUGGGGGGCCCAUGACGCCAUAAUCCCUUGGGCCUGGGGCCGUGGCUUUGAGUGGCACCGCAGGCCCCCGCCCCCGGGCUCCGUGGGCUGGGCUGGGCGCGGUGCGGCGGGGCGCACGCAGUCGGAGGCGGCGCCGGCCAGGCCGCUGGGCGCCUAUGGACCCGCGGAGCCCGCUGUCUCCCCGGGCCAGUGCGUUCAGCAUCGCCUCUCUGGUUGCAGCCGAGGCCUCGGAGGGCACCGCCCACCGGGGCCCCGGGUCCUCCGACCAGGCGAAGCUUCGCCGGCUACCGAGAACCCCGGCCGGGAUGCACUUCAGCACAGUCACCAGGGACAUGGAAGCCUUCACGGCCAGCAGCCUGAGCAGCCUGGGGGCCGCGGGAGGCUUCCCGGGCGCCGCGUCGCCGGGCGCCGACCCGUACGGCCCGCGAGAGCCCCCGCCGCCGCGCUACGACCCGUGCGCCGCCGCCGUCCCUGGGGCCCCCGGCCCGCCACCGCCGCCGCCGCCGCCGCACGCCUACCCGUUCGCUCCGGCUGCCGGGGCAGCCACUAGCGCCGCCGCCGAGCCCGAGGGCUCCGGGGCCAGCUGCGCGGCCGCCGCCAAGGCGCCGGUGAAGAAAAACGCGAAGGUGGCCAGUGUGAGCGUGCAGCUGGAGAUGAAGGCGCUGUGGGACGAGUUCAAUCAGCUGGGCACCGAGAUGAUCGUCACCAAGGCCGGCAGGCGAAUGUUCCCCACGUUCCAAGUGAAGCUUUUCGGCAUGGACCCCAUGGCUGACUACAUGCUACUCAUGGACUUUGUGCCAGUGGAUGACAAACGCUACCGGUACGCCUUCCACAGCUCCUCCUGGCUGGUGGCCGGCAAGGCAGACCCUGCCACUCCGGGUCGAGUGCACUACCACCCAGACUCGCCGGCCAAGGGUGCACAGUGGAUGAAGCAAAUAGUGUCCUUUGACAAGCUCAAGCUGACCAACAACUUGCUGGAUGACAACGGCCACAUCAUUCUCAACUCCAUGCACAGAUACCAGCCCCGCUUCCACGUUGUCUAUGUGGAUCCCCGAAAAGACAGCGAGAAGUAUGCAGAGGAGAACUUCAAAACCUUUGUGUUUGAGGAGACGCGUUUCACUGCAGUUACUGCCUACCAGAAUCACCGGAUCACGCAACUGAAGAUUGCCAGCAACCCUUUCGCCAAAGGCUUCCGGGACUGUGACCCUGAGGACUGGCCACGAAACCACCGGCCUGGAGCGCUGCCGCUCAUGAGCGCCUUUGCGCGCUCGCGGAACCCUGUGGCCUCCCCCACGCAGCCCAACGGCGCAGAGAAAGACGCGGCCGAGCCCCGGAGAGAAUUCGAACGCGAAGGAGGCGGGUCAGCUAUGCUCGGAGACCCCGCGCAUCCACCGCAGCUGCUGGCUCGGGUGCUGAGCCCCGCGCUGCCCGGGGCCGGCGGCGCGGGCGGCCUUGUUCCCCUGCCCGGCGCGCCCGCAGGCCGGCCCAGCCCCCCGCACCCGGAGCUGCGCCUGGAGGCGCCCGGCGCGUCGGAGCCGCUGCACCACCACCCUUACAAGUACCCGGCCGCCGCCUACGACCACUACCUCGGGGCCAAGAGCCGGCCAGCGCCCUACCCGCUGCCCGGCCUCCGUGGCCACGGCUACCACCCGCAUGCUCACGCACAUCCGCACCACCACCACCCCGCAGUGAGCCCGGCCGCCGCUGCAGCCGCCGCCGCCGCCGCUGCCGCCGCCGCCGCUGCCAACAUGUACUCGUCGGCCGGGGCCCCGCCGCCGGGCUCCUACGACUACUGCCCCAGAUAAUGCGGGCCGUGCUCCGCAAAGCCCGAGGGCCUUCAGAAGACUCAUUCAUCAACCCGGGGGGCUACUACGGGUCGCUCCUCCGGCCUCAAAACCAUCGGGGUUCUCCAUCCCCAGGACUAUCCCAGCAUCCGAUUCCUCCAGCCUCCAGGAGAACGCGGGACCUUCCCUAGCCCCGAGGGCUCCGCCCGCCAGUGCCAAAGCGCCCGGUCUAGGGCGGAAGGAAAUGGUAUUUAUUGUUCUCCCAAAGACUGCGUCGCCUCCGCCCUGCCGGCACUUGCAGUGUAGACGACCCAGAGCCCCGCCUGCAGGCGGUGUAGAUAUGUGUAGAUAUAUGUAGAUACUGUAGAUAAUGCGUCAGCGUUGAAUUGAUAAAUGGUUUCGCCUUUUUUGGAA